ACUCGGUGCCCACUGUCGUGCCAGACAACUCGGAGCCCGCUGUUCUGCCAGAUGACUCGGUGCCCGCUGUCGUGCUAGAUGACUCGGAGCCCACUGUCGUGCCAGAAGACUUGGUGCCUCACUGUCGUGCCAGAUGACUCGGUGCCCCGCUGUCGUGCCAGACGACUCGGUGCCCGCUGUCGUGCCAGACGACUCGGCACCCGCUGUCGUGCCAGACGACUCGGCGCCCGCUGUCGAGCCUGAUGACUCGGUGCCCGCUGCUCCACCUGAUGGCCCCGGUGCCCGCUGCCUCGCCUAAAGGCCUGGUGCCUGCUGCUCCGCCUGAUGGCCGGUGCCCGCUGCUCCACCUGAUGUGCUUCUGCCUGCUGCCCAGCCUGAUGUGCCUCUGUCUGCUGCCCAGCCUGAUAUGCCUCCGCCCGCUGCCCAGCCUGAUGUGCCAGCCCCUGAUAUCCAGC